CCAGAGCCCUGGAACUACAGACCCAGUGGUUCUUAAUUAUCACUCCGAGCUAACGAACCUCAGUGACCUCAGUGGGCGGCCCCGUUAACCUCGAGGAGGAGCGAACGGAUAAGAAGCAGAGGAAAUGAAACAGCAAACACUUUCGUUGAGGACAAGUGACGUCAGGAGCCGGGACCCAGAUCUGCACCCAAAUUACCAAAAAAACCUGCACAGCAAGUGACGAACACCUUCACCCUACAGACACCUUCUGUUCGUCUUCAGCAGGGAAAACCCCAACCCUCAAGGAGCCCCGGGCUGGGUGCUGGCCUCCCGCACACGGAGCAGGAAGGAUGAUCUUAAUUUCCCAAGCACGGCCUCCUCACAGCUGCCAGCCCACCCCAUGGCUGCUGAAACCCAAGGGAGGACAAAUCUUCCCCCAGAGACAGUGGGAACCUGUCCCCAAUGCCCAAGACUUUGUGCUCUGGUCCUUCUUCAAUGCCAUGUUCUGCAACCCCUGCUGCCUGGGCUUCGUCGCGCUGGUCUACUCCAUUAAGGCCAGGGACAAGAAAAUCGCUCAGGACCCAGCAGGUGCCGUCGGUUUUGGGAGGACAGCCAAGCAGCUCAACAUCGCAGCGCUCUGCCUGGGCCUCAUCUUCUUCAUCACAAUCAUCGUGCUAGCAGUGCUCUUCCGCAGCCAGAAUCCACACGGGGUCUAGCCCCAUCCUACCCAACAGCACCAACACCCAGCCUGCUUUCUCCAUCUCCUCCACCUCACUCAUCCAACCAACCCCCCUGCCUGGCUGGCAGGUGAGGCAUGCAGCUCCCAUGGGAUCUUCCUCCCCACUCCCACUGAACAGAGGAGAAGUGUCUCCCAGC